AUGCGCAGCGUCAGCGUGCUGCGGCUGCGACUGCCCACGUCACGGCGGUUGAGCCUGCCCGAUGCAGCCCGAGGCAUCCCGGGCCUUCUCUUGGCGUCCCUCUUCACCUCCCCCAGCGCUGCGGGAGCGACACGCCGGCACCAGUCCACGUCCAACGCGGACGGGUCCGCCCCACCGCACACCACCUCGCCCGUACCUGCCCACCCCGCCGCCGGCGACGCCUUGCGCUACAGCGGCGCCACCUCCGGUCAGGCCCCUGUUUCCUUUGGGCGGCACAUCGCCGCGAAUGAGUUGGCGAUGCCGCAGACGCCGCGCGGGUCGCAGCUGGCAGCGCGCAACAUCGCAACGGAAGCGCUACAGAUGAAGAAGCUGCACCAAGAGCGGGGCGGCAAUCCGAUGCUGGCCCAGCAGGCCCGCCGCGUCCUCUUCGCCACGUCCAUCAGCGGCCAAAACGUCGACGCCCGCUCCGUCGCACUGCUGCUCAACACGGCGGUGUACUUCGGCAUGGAGAGCGACGCGCGGGUGGUGCGGGAGUGCAUCGACUACUGUCUCAAGAACGACAAAUUCGUCUCCCUUGACAUUCUACCAAUUGUCGUGACCGCCUGUGCCACGCUGAAGUCGCGGGACGCGCGGGAGGUGAUUGAGAUGCAGGCCAUCAAGGCGACCCGCAACGCCCGCUUCCUCGACGCCAAAGGGGUGACGAACAUCAUUAGCGCCUUCUCCAAGACGGGCAUCAACCAUGAGAAGAUGUACGAGCUGCUCUCCCGCCGUGUGCAGAGCCUCGUCCGUGUGGGCGAGUUCGAGGCGAGCCACCUCGUCAUCUUAGCCAACGCCUUCUCCCGAUUGCGCUUACGCGACCCGUACGUCUUCGGCGCCAUCGCACGCCGGGCCAUGUCGCUGCGGGAGCGCGUGACGGUGAAUGAACUCGUGCCGUUGAUCUGCGCCUUUUCCAAGGCUGGGCUGAAGGAUGCGAAGCUAAGCAAGCGUUUCGCCGGUAAGGCGAUGGAGUACGUCGACCAGAUGAACGCGGAGCAGGUCGCCCUCAUGUUUCAGGCCUUCGCAAUGUUUGGCAUCCGCUACGACCAGCUCUUUGGCGUUCUAACAAAUCGUGCGGUGGAGCUUAUUGACGAGUUCAACGCGCAGUACAUCAGCGUCACCCUCUCUGCCUUUCAGCGCAUUGGCAUUAACAACCCGGAGCUCUUCGAUAACUUGGCGGAGCGUGCGCUGGCUGUGGUGCAGGACCACGACGCUCGUGACAUCUCCUACACCGUCACGGCUCUCGCCCACUUUGGGCUGAAGGACGAGGAGCUCUUUAAGCGGCUCGCCUCGCACGCCGCCUCGAUCGCUGAUCAGUUUGACGCCAUCGGGUUGGUCAACACAAUUCACGCGUUUGCGCGCACAUUCUUUCUGCAGGAGGACAUGGUCGUGGCGUUGUCGGAGCGGAGUGUCUACGUGUGUCGGCACCUUGACUCGAAUCAAGCACGACGCUUGUUGUGGUCACUCGCGAAGUUCCAGGUGAAGGAUCCCCGCAUCUUGACACCGGUCUUUAAUCGCUGUUUGGCGCUGCAUCAAGACUUCUUCGCGGACCCGAUGGGGGGUGAGGAAAUCGAGGAGAUUUUCGACUUCUUCGGGCCCAAUUUCUGUCCCCCGCUGUAUCAGCUGUACAUGUCGCGCGGCUCCAGCAUGUCGUAG